UGUGAAAUAAAUAAUGAUGUUGUGGGGCGUGUAUGAAAAAAGGCACAGCUUUCAAUCUACGACGGAGUAAAACUGGGGUAUUCACUCUGCUGACUUUCGCUUAUGUUGAUCAAAAUUAAGCCCGUUGUUAUCAUGGUUUUUACUGCGAACAUGUGACAUAACAUAUGGUACAGAAUUUCACGAAAGAUAACACAGACGCCUUAAUUUGGUGAUCUAAUCACAAUAGGAAACUACAGGAAUUAUUACAUGAGGAAUUGCUCACCAUAAUUUGGAUUUAUAUACGGGAUUUUGAUUUUCAGCUGGCAGAGACUAACUAUGAAUACUAGUGCGAACUCAAGUAUGAACGCGACCGCGUCGACAACCUCUGCGAUUGACCUCGGGAGUGGUUUCAUAGCAAGAAACAUCGUCAUAGCAACUUCUGUGGCGAUUCUCAUCCUAGCUGCUUUCGUCGGUAACAUCAUAGUCGUUGUAAGUUUUACAAUGUUCAGAAACCUUCGCACGAUGACGAACUACUUUUUGGUCAGCCUUGCCUUAUCCGAUAUUCUCGUGGCGGUUUUUGUUAUGCCCGUGUUUCUAUUGUGGGUACUUUACCAGCCACGUAAUUUUUUCACCCAUGCAAUUGCUUUGCGCAAAAUUUGGAUGGUCAUGGACAUUGGAUUUUGUUUUACGAGCGUGUGUUCUCUAUGUGCCAUAGCCAUCGAACGAAACCUUGCUAUAUCACACCCGUUUUACUACACGAAGCUCAUGUCUCCUUUGAGGGUCUACCUCACCAUUGCCUUUAUCUGGGUGUUUUCGUUGACCGUCGCCAUUCUUGUGAAUCAUGGUGGUAUAACCAUAGAUAUAGCCAAACAUUUGUCCGUGUUUGUUGCCGUGGUUAGCUAUUUCAUUCCGUUGUUGAUUAUCCUGGUUAUGUACAUGAAGAUUUGGAGAGUUGCCCGUCGUCAAGCUAAACGUCUACGUCAGGACGGCGCCUUGGCAACGGACUUCAAAGCCAUCAAGACAAUAGCUAUUGUUAUUGGGACGUUCUUCGUUUGUUACACUCCUCAGAUGAUCUCUAUAUUUUGGAUUCACUUUCGCGUAAAACCAUAUUUACCUACUGUUGCGAACAUCAUGAUAAAAUGGAUUACGUAUUUCAACUGUUGUGUUAAUCCAGUGAUCUAUUCGUGUUUCAAUAAAACAUACCGGAACGGCUUUAAGAAACUCUUUGCGAUCAUCAAGACAAGAUUUCGCGAUCUUCGUACGCGCUCUAGUGACAAAAGGUCGCGAAAGAUUAGCCGAAGUCGGAUUUCGUUGAACAUAACAUUACGAACGAGUGUCGGUUCCCUAUUGGACAGUUCAAAGUUGCCACCGUCCAUGGCACAAGCACGUGUUUCAAACCAACAGCGUUGCUCAGUUUUGUCCACAUCUCAGAACAUGUUGAGCCCAGUUGAUAAGAAUGACAACCACGACCGUUGCUCUCUCACACAAAGCAAACAACGCAAAGAAAGUGAGGUUUUCGUGAAUGUUUCUGCCGAAGAUAUUGCUGACUCACAACAAUGAUGAGACUCAGAAGAGAAACGUCCAUGGAUUUCCCUUGUUUCCGCAGAAAACCUUCUAAAUGUGGGGACUGUUCAUUUAAAAUGCUGUGAACGCAAUCAUCUACACUAGAUGUUUCAAGAACUAGAUAUAGAACAUCACUUGUCUUUAUACUAAAUAGUUAACCUGGAUAGUCCAUGAUGUCCAACGUCGACCACACGAAGACACUCCAUAUUCAUGCUUAUCUUACAAAGAUCAUCGAAUAUCUCAAACCAGUGCAGAGCUUGUGUUUUCUAUAUACAUUCUAUCAUUUUAAAGGCUAGACGAAAGUCCAUCUGUCAGGAUAUAAACACUCUAAGACACACAAAUGGAACCGAAUGCACUACAAAGACACAUUACCGUGGAAACUUUGUUUUCCAUCGUAUCUGCUAAGAGCUACUGGUUUUGUAAAUGUUUUUCUUUAAAAUAAGUUAUUUGCUAAACACUGUGAUGUACUUGCUUUUACGUUUGUACAUAGGAUUUGUUUUUUACAUCAAUGCAUCUUUUAAUGUACAUAUCGUUGCUUCUCUAUACUCAAUUGCGCAUAUCAAUCAGCUGCUUAAAAAAUGUGAUCAAUCUUUCAUGCAAUAGGACGAAACUUUAGUAGAUAUGUAUAUUUUACUAUUUAGCAGCAAAAGUAUUGCUUUUGUUUGCCUGUUUUGUUUUAAUAUCAUGAAAAACAAGAUCAAUCUUUAAUGCCAAUAUUGAAA